AAGGGGGUUGGGAGAGAGGGUCAUGGGGCUAUGGGUGCUAAAAUAAAGGCGGACGUGAAUGGCAGUGAUUAAAAGGAGUAAACGAACGGCUGAGAAAUCAUCAAACCAGCUUUUUCAAUGCUUUCCAUUCCUUAUUCCUUGCAUCCUUAUUUAUCGUCCCUCCCCCUUCAACCUUCACCAUUACCAAACUUGAGUCUAUUCUCCCCCCAAUACCAUUUCACGCAACAUACACAAAACAAAGACCCCCAACAUCUCUUAGUAAAUCAAACCAACUUACAACAAACGAAGAAAAUGUCGUGGCAAACUUACGUAGAUGAGCACUUGAUGUGUGACAUCGAUGGCCAAGGUCAGCACCUUGCUGCCGCUGCUAUCAUUGGCCAUGACGGCAGUGUCUGGGCUCAGAGCUCUACCUUCCCUCAGUUCAAGCCUAAUGAGAUCGCUGACAUCAUGAAAGAUUUUGAUGAACCAGGCCACCUUGCCCCUACAGGCUUACACCUUGGUGGCGCAAAGUAUAUGGUCAUCCAGGGUGAGCCUGGUGCUGUCAUUCGUGGAAAAAAGGGAUCAGGAGGGAUCACUAUUAAGAAAACUGGACAAGCUCUGAUCUUUGGCAUCUAUGAAGAACCAGUGACUCCAGGACAAUGCAACAUGGUUGUUGAGAGGAUGGGUGAUUAUCUUGCUGAUCAGGGCCUGUAGUCGACCUACCUUUAAAAUUCAAUGCCUUUCUUGUUUUUAAGUUCUGGUUCCAAGUAUUUUGCAUCUUCUCCCAUUUAAAUCUAUGGCUGUCAAGAUGGUUUGAUUGGCAUUUGGACUUGGUUGAUUCACUUGCCUCCUUCUCCAUAUAUGUUUUUUUUUUUCUUUUUGGGUUCUGUGUGUAAUCCCCAUCAGUGGUUGCGGUAUCUAUUUUUUGUUUGGCACUAUUUGAUGCCAUUUUUUUUCUAUGUUUUGGAUUUUCCCUAUAAAGAAAGUUUGAAUAUGCCAUUUUUCUUUGUGAAUGAGAGAAUUAUAUUUCAGGUUCCUUGAUUGUCACUUGCUUUCCUGAUUAGUUCAAA